UUGAAAACUUUGCCUUUUCAUAAAUGGAGAAUAGAGAACUUCCCCGUCUGCGCAUACAAUAUCCCCGUCGUAGCAGAAUUGACGUUCCCAGCCAGGAACUUCUUCGAAGAGAUGGUCGAUGCACCGCAAAUGAACGCCUCCAGGCUCCAGAUGGCGUUUCCUAUAUGGAGACAGUGGCGACUGGCGACACUGAUAGCAUCACAAUGGGAGUAGGGACAGUCUCACAUGCAGUCACGUGAUACGAACGGACCAAGCCGCACUUGAAGCCUAAAAACGCCUCCCGCCAUUCCUGAUGUGGUAAGCUGGUGACGCUGAGGUCCUGUGUUAGGCUUCCGUCAUUGUUCAACCAGGUCUGUUUAUAACCUUGUGCCCUCUUCGACACUGCUGCUCCUGAAAACCAGAUACUUCUUUUGUUUAUCACCUCCGUACGCCAAUAAUACACAUGGCAGAUGCUGCGCUCCAAGAUGGCCCUGCGCCAAACACUCCAUCGUCCGGGGAUCCAGGAGUGCCACCUUUAAGCGCUGGAUCUGCCGUCCCUUCCGCUCCAGGCCUGGAAGUCCGGAUGGGCCCCCCAGUUGUUUCGGAGGAGUUGAAAGCUCGCUUGGACAAAGUGAUCUAUUCAGAGAUCGGCGUGACGACUCUCCUGACUCGAUUGAAGCAAAGCGUUGCUUCUGCCAGAGACUUCGCCUCAUUCCUUAAAAAAAGAUCGAUUUUGGAAGAAGAGCAUGCUCAAGGCUUGAGAAAGGUGUCCCGUUCCUUAUAUGAUGCCGCACAUAAAUCAGAGAACCGCCAGGGCACCUACAGUUAUGGCUGCGUCGAGCUCAAUAGCUUCCAUGACCGCAUGGCAGACCACGGGCUUCAGUUUGCAGCGUCUUUACACCAGAUGUCUGACAAUCUUACCGAACUUGCAGGGAACAUCGAGCGAGGGCGCAAGCAAUGGAAACAUGAAGGGCUGAGUGCAGAAAAGAAAGUCAUAGAUGCGGAGACAUUGGCGGAGAAGGCUAAGGCUAAAUACGACACCCUGGCAGAGCAGUAUGACCGGGUCAAGACCGGGGAGAAAGCAGGUGGAAAGUUUGGUUUUAAAGGUACCAAAUCCGUUGCUCAACAGGAAGAAGACCUACUGCGCAAGGUCCAAGCCGCAGAUUCAGAUUACGCGGCCAAGAUUCAAGCCGCCCAAGCAGCCCGAAAAGAGCUGAUUUCGACCCAACGACCUCAGGCUGUACAUAAUAUCCAGCAAUUGAUCUCAGAAUGUGAUUCGGGGCUUGCUCUGCAAAUGCAAAAAUUUGGGACUUUUAAUGAGAAAUUGCUUUUGGGACAAGGCUUAUCCAUAAGUCCAUUGAAAGAAGGAGGGGAUAGUGCUGGACCCAAGAGUCUCCGUGAAGUAAUACAGCAAAUCGACAACCAGAAAGACUACCAUGACUACGUUCUAAGUCACGAAUUCAACCCCGGUGCUGUGACCUCAGAGCAGGCUCAGUACCACCGUCACCCAACACUUGGAGGAUCGACUGCGCCCCCGCAGUCUACCUCCCAGUCUAAUACACAAAACAAGCGGCAAUCUAUGGCGCUAGCAUUGCCUGCAUCUCAACCCGCUGCGUCUACAGAGCCACCUCAAAUACCAGUCCAGAUACCAUCGUCAGGCCCUUUAGAGAGCAAUCAAUCCCCGCAAUAUCCUCAAAACCCAGAUGCAUUCUCGGCUCCUCCGUUCCAGCCUCCGUACCCAACCUCGUCAGGGCCCCCUCCUGAGCAGCAAGUCAUAAACCAAGCGCCGGCGCUGGCUCAGAAAGGACCAUAUUCGUCUUCCGGCAACGGUUAUUCCUCAAAUGUGAACCUUCCUCCUCUGAAGCCAGUAUUUGGAGUCUCAUUGGAUGAGCUAUAUGCUCGUGAUGGAACCGCGGUUCCCAUGAUCGUGUAUCAAUGUUUCCAAGCGAUAGAGUUGUUUGGACUUGAUGUAGAGGGGAUCUACCGACUCUCAGGCAGUGCGAAUCAAAUUAGUCAGAUGAAAGCCCUUUUUGAUAACGACUCGUCUCAAGUCGACUAUACCAACCCCGAAAGCUUCCAUCAUGAUGUGAACAGUGUCGCGGGCCUAUUGAAACAAUUUUUCAGAGAUCUUCCAGACCCGCUCUUCACCUCAGCAGCGUACUCGAGCUUUAUUGAAGCGGCCCGCGUUGACGAUGAUAUUCAACGGAGGGAUUCACUCCACGCAAUAAUUAACGGCCUUCCAGAUGCACAUUACGCUACUUUAAGAGCUCUGAUUCUGCACCUGAACAAAAUCCAAGAACACUACACUCAAAACCGCAUGAAUGCAGGCAACAUUGCCAUUUGCUUUGGACCAACUCUGAUGGGCGCCAGUUCAGGCGGCAACAUUGCAGAUGCCGGCUGGCAGGUACGCGUGAUCGAAACUAUCCUCAUGAACACCUUCCAGAUAUUCGACGACGAUUAGAGGCCAAUUACUUACAAGGUCAAUCCAAAAGAAUACCAUAAUGUAUUCUUGCCCGGACUCAUCUUGUUCUUGUUCAUACUUCGUGAUUGGCACCAUCCCUUUAGUACGCCCUUUUUUGAUAUAUUUUGAUGUAUUUGACUUAUGCUUUACGUCUGCACUGUAUAUAAUACUGCUUUCGAGGGCAGAUAUCUUUCGAUACAUUAUUACCCAAUGUUAAUAUGACCCCUGGGGUCAUUCGUCGUUUUAUAUUUUACACCAUUUCCAAUUCUAUAAAUGAAGCCCGAAGAGCAUGGUAAAUAAGUACAAGAUUUGAAGGCAGU